AAAAAUAUGCCAGCGUGCUUUCUGAGCAUGUAUACAGAUUCAGGUCAGACUUUGAAAAGAGAUGAAACACUGAAGCCAUCUUAAUAAGAGAUGCUCUCCAGAGCUCGCUGGGAGAGAGAUGCUGUCAAAAUAAAAGGAAUUGGAUAUCACAGGUUUAAUGAUUUCACUGUCAGAAUGAAUGAUGGCAGAGUAGGAAGAUAUGAGGGAAAAAUAAAGGAGUUUGAUGGUGUGAAAACUCUGUCUGACAUGUUAGCAGCUUCAUCUAGCCAUCCUGCAAUACAGCCAUCAUCACACUCUCACUUUGGGGGCUUGCAUUUAGAUCACUGAAUGGACUGUGCAUAUCAUAUAAUGGGGAAUCAAAGACGUGUGCCAUCUUGCGAAAAACCUCAUCUGUCUAACAGUCUGACACAUUUCAGUUCUCUUUUGGCCCCCGAGAGGCUCCAGAAGAUGCUGAACAUCCUUAACGGGUGUUGUGAGGCUGUGCUUACACAGCUUCUCCCAGCGUCUGAAGAUAUGCAGAAAGGCUAAGAGAGACUGACACAAUUUCAAGGACUCGCUCAUACGGUUGAGCAAAAGCUCAGAGUGCCCUGUUUACUCCAGUGAAUAUGGGUAUCCUUUGGCAAGUGCAAAGUUUGGAUAAGCACAGCUUCCUGCCAGCAGCAGAGAUUAAAGUUGUGUGUUCAGAAGUGGAUGGCAGGGACUGGCUGGGUGGAAGUUUUCCCUACAGGCAGAGAACGUGGCAGCUAAGGUCAGGGGCCCGCCACAUCACAGCCCUAAAAAUAUCCUCUGCAUUUGAUGCCCGUCACAGAGCGGUUAUACAAUCUGUGCCCUGACUUGAGCCUGCCAGAACUAAAACCUUACCAUGUUCUGCCUUCAAGGGCUGCUUCACAACCAGCUGCCAGAAUGAUGAAAACCGAAUUCCCGGGAAGAAAAACGAAGGACUUCAAUCUCCGGCAAAUAAAUCAUGUGUGAGAGGAAGCCACGGUGAGAAAAUGGCUUCUCGCGAGUCGAAGACUGGCACAAAGAUAAAUGUUACUCGGGCAGCUGAGGAAUCCAGUCCAGUGGAUGAUUAUUCCACACCUGGGGGCUAUGAGUUGGAGAAAAUCCUCAACCGAGGGAGUGUGGCUUACACUCAUGUCAACGAGGUUUGGCCUAAUGUCUUUAUUGGGGAUGAGGACACUGCAAAGGACAAGUACACACUGAAGAAGCUGGGAAUUACGCACAUCCUGAAUGCAGCAGAGGGGACGUGGAACAACGUGGACACUGGAGCUGGCUACUACAGUGACAUGGACAUUGUAUACUAUGGUGUAGUAGCAGAAGACGUCGCAACCUUUGACCUCAGUCAGUAUUUCUUCUCCGCUGCCCAGUUUAUUGAGAAGACACUGAGCAAUCCUCAGAGUAAGACAGCUGCACAGGAAAAAACUAAUAUUUUGGCUGAAAAUUGCCUAAAACAUGCCGUGAAUCUGUUCUCCGAUUCGUCUGCAGAUAAACUGCUGGUGCACUGCGUGAUGGGAAGGAGUCGGUCCGCCACACUUUUCCUCGCCUAUCUCAUGAUCUGUGAGAACAUGACGGUGGUCGACGCCAUAGAGCACGUAAAAAAACGCAGGCGUAUCAUCCCUAACUGGGGCUUUUUGAAGCAGCUGCGAGAGCUGGAUCAGCACCUCUUGGAGAAAAGGGGGGAAUCUGCAGGGGAAAGCUGAUUGUGUGGCUGAUCAGUCUGAGACUAAAGUCAGCGGAGACUAAGUCAAAUCCCAGCCAUUAAGACUUCGUCAUGCUAGGAGUUACAGCCAUGUGAAAAAAAUAAAGUCCUAUUAAAACUAA